AUGCCCAUUUUCACUGUUUCACUCGAUGGCCGACCUGCAAAUCAACUACAGCCAUCUGUUGGUAGUAAGAACUUUUCGGGUAUAGCAACAUACUAUGAUCCUAAUGUCGGUGCUUGUGGUUUUACCAGUAGUGGUGAUGAAUUUGUUUGUGCAAUAGCUGAUGCUCUUUAUGAAACGCAAACAAUUGGUGGUAACCCAAAUAAUAAUGCAUUCUGUCGCAAACAAAUUUCAGUAACAGGUCCCAAGGGUACAGUUAUUGCAACAAUUGUUGAUCGAUGUGGUAGUUACAAGAAUAUGAGUGGUGAUCUUGAUUUGAGUCGUCCAGCUUUUAAUAAGAUUAGUGAUCCAAUAAAUGGAAAGAUUCCUGUUACUUGGCAUUUCAUUUAA